UCCACUUACACUUAGUCCAAAUGGAAGUCUUGACCAUCUGUAGCGCCCAUAUGGUGUGAUCAUUGAUGUUAGAAGAUUAGACUUUUCAUCUAGACGUACAUGCCAGUUUUUCUUCAGCUCGUAUUGCUAACAGAAACACCACUUGUUCGUAGUGGAUUGUGCUUCUGCAACCAUAAGGAUAUCGGCGACCUGACUAUCGCAUUGAAUGUUCUCGCCGACUCGGAAAUUUAUAAUUCACGUUUAAUAAGUGCAUGCAGGAAUAGUCCGGGAUUCAAAAUAAUGAGUUAUGUUCAUAUUAAGAAAUGUCUUAUGUACAUAGAUCAACGUAUGCAGUAUAUGAAGGCUCAAGAAUACUGCGAGAACUUCGAGUUCUUUCUGCAACCAAGUGGAGCUAAAAAUAAAUUGUUAGCCAGAAAGUUUAAUAUGGAAAUCUUACCAACUACCAGAGGAAAGCAUAAAAUUGGCUACCAAGGCUACAUGUAUACAAAACAGAUCUCCAAAGUAUCUCAUGUACGAUGGAGAUGCGUGUAACGAAAUAAUGGUUGCAAAGGAACUAUGACUACUAGUCAAGAUCUAAUUCAGCCUGAACUUGGGAAUAGCCACAACCACGCUCCUAACCCAGCUGCUAUUUCUAUAGCGAAAUGCCUUGACACCAUCAAAAAAAGCAAGUACAACAGAGGAGAAACCCGGCCAGAUUUAUCGAAAUUGUUUGGAACAUCUGAUACCCGAAGAGAGAGAACCCAGCUUUCAUUGCAACAUUUAAAAACGCCUACGAAUUUCAAUUAGUCAAUUAUUUUUUUUUCUACGCAAACCUAUCUAAAGAAUACUAUGCAGCUGUUUGGGUGGGAUUAGACAGAUUGCAAGACAAAAGAUACUACAGAUGGAUAGAUGAUGGAACGCCGUAUGCAGAUUUCAAUACAGAUUUAUCUCAAGAUAAUUUUUCAUAUGACUGCACAUUGCUUAUAUCCAGUACAAUGAUAAUGCAUCCAAUGUUGUGCAAUGCUAACUUUCAAUUUUUCUGUGAAGUACGUUAAACAUUGCAAAGGAAAUCAAGUUAAAAACGUUUCAUUUCAAUUCAAAACAUUUCAACUUAAUUCAACUCUUUGCCAGAAAUAAUAGAGCCAAUUCUUAUCAAAGAUUUUAUGUGAAUCUGUCUCUGCUUUGUAAAAAUAAAACACAUAAAAUUA